AUGACAAAGCACUUUAUCGCGAGCUCGGACGUUCUGGCGCGUCGCGGGGAUUCUAUCAACGCGUUUGCCUUGAAGGCGUCAAAGAAUAUUCCGCCACACAACACUUCCUUUAGCAGUGAAGGCGAGAAGAUACUGACACCCACGUCGGACGAAUACGAAGACAUGACAAUGGCGGACGCACAAGGCGCUGUGAGCGCGGGAGCUCUGGCACAGAUCAAUGAAGGCAUACAAGUCGACAACCCAGUCUUGCAAUGCGUGCAGAUCAAGCCCAUGGCCAGCCAGCAGAAUCAGGAGAGGUAUCGGGUGGUGAUGAACGACAGUGUCAAUUUCAUACAAUGCAUGCUGGCGCAGCAAAUGAACUCGGUCAUGCAUGACGACCUGCUGAAGAAAGGCAGCAUUUGCCGCAUCAAGCAAUACCAGAUCAACUUCGUCAAGGACAAGAAUAUCAUGAUCAUCCUCGACCUCGACAUCCUGCAAGAGUAUGGUGAGCCGGAAAAGCUUGGGCAGCCAGUAGCUAUGGAGGCAGGUGGCAAGGUAGAGCAGGAUGUCAAGCCACAGCCUGGCAAUAUCUCGGGCAACAGUAUGUAUGGCAAUAAACAGCCACAGCAGCAGCAGCAACAAUCGCUACCUUCGCGCACCAACGGCGCAUCGAACGGUGGCUCACACGGCAACAUCCACCCGAUCGAAGCUCUCUCACCUUAUGCACAUCGAUGGACGAUCAAGGCACGGUGUACACACAAGGGAGACAUCAAGACGUGGCACAACAAGAACGGCGAGGGCAAGCUCUUCAGCGUCAACUUCCUAGACGACUCCGGCGAGAUCCGUGCGACAGGCUUCAACGACGCGGUAGACUCCUUCUACGAGCUGCUGCAAGAAGGCGGCGUCUACUAUGUCUCUAGCCCUUGCAAAGUACAACUCGCGAAGAAGCAGUUCUCGAACCUUAACAAUGACUACGAACUUACCUUCGAGCGAGACACGCAAAUUGAGAAGGCGGAAGAUAUGGAGGGUGUGCCACAAGUCCGCUACAACUUCACGUCGCUCGCGGACUUGCAGACGGUGGAGAAGGACAAUACAAUCGAUUGUAUCGGCGUGCUGUCAGAAGCUGGAGAGGUCUCUGAGAUUGUGGGCAAAACGAGCGCGAAGCCGUACAGUAAACGCGAGCUCACUCUUGUGGAUGACACUGGCUACAACGCACGACUCACAAUUUGGGGCAAGACAGCAGAGAACUUCGAGGCUCAGCCAGAGUCUGUCAUUGCGUUCAAGGGUGUCAAGGUCUCCGAUUUUGGCGGCCGUUCACUUUCCCUCCUUUCCUCCGGCACCAUGAACGUCGAUCCUGACAUCGACGAGGCGCAUAAACUAAAAGGAUGGUACGUCGGAGGUGGACGUAAUGAUCAAUUCCAAUCUCACGCCAACACCAUGUCUACUGCCACAGCAGCCGGAAGUUCGGACCGCAAUGCCUACAAAUCCAUCGCCCAAGUUCGCGACGAGAAUCUUGGCAUGGGUGACGACACAGACUGGUUCUCAGUCAAAGCGACGGUAAUCUACAUCAAGCAAGACAGUGUGUCAUACCCUGCUUGCCAGACGGAUAAUUGCAACAAGAAAGUUGUUGAGACUGAUCCCGGCGUGUGGCGAUGCGAGAAGUGCGAGAAGACGUGGGAUCGGCCUGAGUACCGGUAUAUCAUGUCCGUGAACGUGUCGGAUCACACCGGACAGAUCUGGCUGCAAUGUUUCAAUGAUGUAGGCGUGCAGGUAAUGGGUAUCACGGCCAACGAGUUGAUGCAGAUGAGGGAUGAGGGCGAUGAGAGGCGGGUCACUGACUCGUUCGCUGAUGCGAACUGCAAGACUUUUGCGUUCAGGUGUAAGGCAAAGAUGGAUACUUAUCAGGAUCAGCAGAGGGUGCGUUAUCAAGUGCAGUAUGCCAACCCGCUCAACUUCAUCCAGGAGUCGAAGAAGAUGGCGGAUAUCAUCAAGAUGUACAGUGAUAACGAGAGCAGCCUCUUCGUUUGA